AAAGGCAGUGUUUUCAGACCAGACUCAGCUUGCAUAUAUUCAACAGGAUGCAACUACACAGCAGGUGACUGUGCUACUGCCAGCUGGUCAGAGCAUGAAUAGUACCAAUCUGGCAGUUCUCAGCAAUGUUACUGAGGCUCAGCAACCGCUAAGUAUGGAACCAGUUCCUCAGGUAAACCAGGCACCACUUUCUAUGCAGAACCAGGGAUUACCUCAGAUUAUUGGAGUUCGAAGUUCAAAUACAGUGGAUUCUCUAGGCAACUCCAUUGUGUCAAAUCACAGUUUGGAUUCUGAAGGAGAUGAGGAAGAGGACGAGGAGGAAGAAGAAGAAGCAGAAGACACUGAUAUGGAUGAAUGGGAACCAGGACCACCUCGCCCCUUUAACCCUCAGGAUCUGUGGUGUGAAGAAUGUAACUAUGCCCACCCGACUGUGUGUCCUAAGCAUGGCCCUCUACAUGCUAUACCAAACCGCCCUGUUUUCAGCAGAGCCAGAGCCAGCCUUCCACUCAUCCUGUAUAUCGACAGAUUUCUAGGUGGGGUCUAUUCCAAGAGGCGCAUCCCUAAACGUACCCAGUUUGGUCCUGUGGAGGGGCCUGUAGUGAAGCAGAGUGAGCUGAAGGAUAACUACAUUCAUUUAAAGAUUUGUUCAGAAGAAGAGAACAAAAUAGGACGUCCACAAGAAGAUCUGUGGUAUGAGCUCUCUGAUGAAAAUAUUUGUAACUGGAUGAUGUUUGUGCGACCAGCAAAGAAUCACCUAGAACAGAACCUGGUAGCUUAUCAGCAUGGAAGCAGCAUUUAUUUCACCACAAUAAAAAAUAUUGAGCCCAGACAGGAGCUUCGGGUUUGGUAUGCAGCGUCGUAUGCUCAGUUUGUCAGUCAAAAGAUAUAUGCUAUAUCAGAAGAGGAGAGAAAAGUACUUCGUGAGCAGGAAAAGAACUGGCCAUGCUUUGAAUGCAGCAGGCGUUUCAUGAGCUCAGAGCAGUUGCAGCAACAUCUCAACAUGCAUGAUGACAAGCUGGACUACUUCCACAGGGCAAAAGGCAGAGGUCGAGGUCGUGGGAAAAGGAGAUUUGGUCCAGGUCGAAGGCCAGGGCGCCCUCCUAAAUUCAUCCGCCUGGAAGUCCCCAGUGACGGCACUGAAAAUGUUGAAGAUCAACCUCAGGAGGUUCUGCAGUUUCCUGUGAAAGAUCAGCCUGAAGAGGAUGAGCAGACUACCCAGAAUGGACUUGAUCAGGAGAAGCAGAGUCCACAUCCACAGCUGGUGCAGGAGUCCAGACAAGAACAGCAGCAGCAGCCUGAGGAACAAUCCCAACCUCUGAGGCAGCAGGUGCCAGAACAGAAAUCAACAGUAGUGAGCAACAUCACGGCCGAAGACAUGAUGCGAGCAAAGCGCAUACGGCUGGAACUGCAGAAUGCAGCACUCCAGCACCUGUUCAUUCGCAAAAGCUUUCGUCCAUUCAAAUGCUUGCAGUGUGGAAAGGCAUUCAGGGAAAAAGACAAGUUGGACCAGCACUUACGGUUUCAUGGCCGAGAAGGCAACUGCCCCCUGACUUGUGAUAUCUGCAACAAGGGGUUCAUAAACAGCACUGCACUGGACACACACAUGAAAUUCCACUUGGACCAGAAAACAUACUCUUGUAUCUUCUGCCCAGAAUCUUUUGAUCGAUUGGACCUGCUUAAGGAUCAUGUGGCUGUACAUGUCACAGAUGGACACUUCACCUGUCCUACCUGUAAAAAACUCUUCCCUGACUUUAUCCAGGUGAAAAAGCAUGUACGGAGCUUCCACUCAGAAAAGAUCUACCAAUGUACAGAGUGUGACAAGGCCUUUUGUCGACCUGACAAAUUGCGGUUGCAUAUGCUACGGCAUUCUGAUCGGAAGGAUUUUCUCUGCUCAGCAUGUGGCAAACAGUUUAAGAGAAAGGACAAACUGAGAGAACAUAUGCAAAGGAUGCACAACCCAGAGAGGGAGGCAAAGAAAGCAGAUCGAAUCCACCGUUCCAAAGCUUUCAAACCUAAGAUCCCUUCUACAGACUAUGAGAACUUCAUGUUCAAGUGCCGUCUUUGCAUGAUGGGUUUCAGGAGACGGGGCAUGCUGGUGAAUCACUUGUCUAAGCGGCAUCCUGAAAUGAGGAUCGAUGAAGUUCCUGAGUUAACCCUGCCAAUCAUUAAGCCCAAUCGUGACUACUUCUGUCAGUACUGCGAGAAGGUUUAUAAAAGUGCCAGUAAACGAAAGGCCCACAUCUUGAAGAAUCAUCCAGGUUCUGAGCUCCCUCCUAGCAUAAGGAAGCUACGUCCUGCUGGUCCUGGAGAACCGGAUCCCAUGUUGAGCACGCACACACAGCUAACUGGAACAAUUGCUGUAGCGCCAGUCUGCUGCCCACAUUGCUCCAAGCAGUACAGUAGCAAGACAAAAAUGGUUCAGCAUAUUCGAAAAAAGCAUCCAGAGCUGGUCCAGCUUCCUAACUCAAUCCAAGCACCCAUAGCAACAGCAGUGAUCAGUACAGCACCAGCAGUGUUAACGACGGACAGUGCAACAGGAGAAACAGUAGUGACAACAGAUCUGCUGACACAAGCAAUGACUGAGCUGUCCCAGACUCUCACAACAGACUACCGCACCACUCAAGGAGAUUAUCAGCGAAUUCAGUAUAUUCCAGUGUCCCAGUCUACAGCAGGAGGUAUUCAGCAACCGCAGCACAUUCAGCUCCAGGUGGUCCAAGUAGCACAGGCUUCAUCUCCACACCAGUCACAGCAUUCCACAGUGGAUGUUGCUCAGCUGCAUGAUAGUUAUACCCAACAUGCCAUCCAGGUACAACACAUCCAGGUGACGGAGCAGACCCCUUCUGGCCAGACAUCGGCGCAGGUGUCAGGGCAACCACUGAGCCCAUCUUCCCAACCAGCUCAGCCAGACCUGAGUCCCUCCCAGAUGCAGGGAACAACUUCAAAUCAGAAUCAUGGACUCCAGCAAGCCCCCAAUGCUAGUGUGCAGCACACUUAUUUGCCAAACACAUGGAAUUCAUUCCGAAAUUACUCCCCUGAGAUUCAAAUGAUGACUAUCCCCCAAGGCCAGUAUGUUAUUGCCGAGGCACCUGUAAGCACUGUGAACACAGGACAAGUGAAGGCUGUUACACAGACACACUAUGUAAUAUCGGAAGGACCGCCUGACCUGGAUUCAAAACAGAACACACCACUCAGUGACAAUGUGCAAGUACCUUCACAUCCAGACACCAUGGAACAACCACCAACCAGUCAGCAGGCAACCCAGUAUAUUAUCACUACAACCACUAAUGGUAGUGAUAGUGAAGUGCACAUUUCAAAGUCAUAGCCCUAAUUUGGUAUUCCCUGGCACAUACCUUUGGAACUGAUGGAAGUAUUAAGACUGAGGACUCGAGAGCUCUGAACUCCACAUUUGCGCAAGUGCCGAAUUUAAUUAACUAAAUUUGAGUGUCAAGAUGAACCUUUUAUUUUUUUUUCCAUUAAAAUGGAACCAACCAUGCAAAACUGUUAAUUUCAAGAAGACAGAAGAACAUUUACAGCAUGCUUAAUUUAUAAAUUUUAAAGACUUAAACUCUAAGCAGAAACUUGGAGACGGGUGGUGCUAAAAAUGUCUUCAUCUUCUGUCCUCCUGGAAGUUAUUGCAAUGUGCUGCUCUGGCAUAAUGUUGAUAUGUCUUUUUUAUUAUAUGAGAGAUUAACUCUGUACAGUUAAUUUAAUUCCCAAAAAUAAAAAAAGUAAAAUCUGA